AUGAGCAAAACUCUCGGUUAAUCAUUGAGAACUGACCUGCAUUACCUGUAAGCUGCAAACCUUUGCAAACGGGCCAUUUCCCCCCCUUUUCCAAGGGCAGUAGCUUAAUUAAAUGGAGAUUUGACUGUAGUUUGUGUGACACAGUGCUUAUGCUCCUCCUCUCUCUAUUUUUAAGGUUAAAACAAAUGGUUUUUCUACAACCCCACUUCAGUUAUAUAGUUACUGGAAAUGCGAAGAAGAGUCAACGGGCCUCAGAGUUGAUUAUAAGUAUAAUCCUGCUUGUAUGUCAGCUCCUUGCUCCAUCAGCAACUUGUCUUUCUUAGUUCCAAUGAGUGGUGGAGUCACCAUUAUGCAGUCCAAGCCAUCGGCUACUUGGUAAGUCACUGGCAGGGCUGGUAACCAGCCAAAACCGCUGGCUGGUUAUUCUCAUCUCCUUCUAACAUAACUGCUAGCAAAAAAUAAGCAUUAUUGAAUAAAACAAAUAUUAUUGUAAAACACCUUUUUUCCAGUUUUGAAGGACACUGAAUGCAUAUUUAAACAGGUUUAGAUCUGUGAAAUGUUUGAACAGUGCGAUGUCAUGGAACGCCUGAGGCAUUUUGACAGCAUUAUUGCCAUUCCCAGUCUUGUGUGUCUUCUAAUGAAACAACAUGACAUCUGCGGUGGAAAAUAACUCUUGAAAACCCCUGGAAACUCCAUUUCUGAGACUCUAAACGAAACAUGGUACUCAAAUAGGGUAACUUCAGAGAACAUAAGAAUCCACACCCCUCCCCUGUCCCCUCCAUUCAAAGUUGAGGUGUUUGUUGUUUCCUAAUAAUAGCUCGAACUGUGGCACAACAUUGCAAGGAGGGGAUGGGGAAGGAAAAGCUAUAUUUUACCCUUUUGAAGUCAGGAAAAUGUCAAAAAGUCCAUUUAGGGCGAAUUGUCUCAACUCAUUUUGUCGCCGAUUGUAGGUUGAUUCUCUAUUUCCUUUGUCUCCUAGCCCUAAUUAUUCAUGAAUUACGGCUAGGAGACAAAGGAAUUUGAGACUCAACCUAGAUUUAAUCAAAAUUAACCUGAAAUCAAAUUUGACCUGUAGCAGAUGCAUAAACACUUUUCUGUCUAAUAAAAGAGAGGGUUUAUUUAAAGAAGAAUUCAUUUGCUGUUAAUCUCUGUGAAAAAUCCUUCCAUAAUCAGUACAGGUCUCAACACUAAUGGCAUGUUAAUUUUAGGUCUGCUGAACACCAGAGAGCUUUGUGGAAACUCCAGGAAGUCUCUAAUACAACUGAAACACAAGGUAUGUCCUUGUUUUAUGCAGGCUACAGCACUCAACUUGCUUUUGGACAGGGAACAAUGAAUUGUGUAACUUUUCCUGGCAGCUGUGUGGCUCCUGAGAACAUUUUGUUGGGAAAAAUUUCCAGGGGUUAUGGGUUUAUCAGAUUCAACUGUAUUUUUUUGAAUACUCUUGUUUUGUCACAGCACUUGAAUAAUCAUUGAUACAAAGCAACUAAAGAGGAGAGGUGUGACGUCAAGUUACCAUGUUUGCCAAGUUUCUGGAUGAUGACAGUUGGGCCGAGAUUAAGCAAAGACGACGGCGACAGUAAUGAGAAUUGCAAAAAAAACCAAUAGGUUAAGAUUAGCAAAACAGCAACUUUGCACGUGCAUCACGCUUUCUUUUGUACAUUUCUUAACUGCUGAUGCACAACUGCGACGUGAAACUUCCUAAUUUAACGCAACUGCUUUACGGAGUAGGUGAACACAAACACAAAAAGUUUCUUUUUCUUUGUUUAAGCUCAGAUACAGUCCUUUCGGAUUAAAUCCAGAAAAUUUCGCCAACAUUUAACAAAUUAAAUGAAACUGAAUAAGAUUGACGAAGUUUGAAACAUUGCAAAUUUACUUUUUGAGUGAAUUGCGGUUUGUUGUCAGCCCAAAAUUUUGCUACCAUGGCAAUGUGACGUAAGGACUUCUCCUCUCUAUUAAGGCAUAUAAUGACUGUUAUUUUCCUUUUCUUUUGGUUGAUAUUGCCAUUUUAGGUUCUUUAAGAGCAAGAUUUGAUCUAACACAGGGGCCAAGCACCCCAUCGCGGAUUGCUGUACAGUUCACCUGCAACGGUGCCACCAUUUCUAAACUUAAUUUUGAACUCAGAAGUCAAGAAUACAAACUUUCUCUUGUUAAAAAGAGAUUUACUACUGGUAAGGCAUGA